CUGCGGCAAAUCACGGCGGCGCUGCUCGGCUUGGGGGGCCAGCUCUGACCCCAGCGGGCAUAGCAUCGGUCCUCCAUCACCUCCACCGCCCCCUCCGGGGUCUUCCUGGAGAUUUUUCUGUGCUGUGGUGGUUUUGUCCCCUCUUCUGAUUGUUUUUUUCCCUCCACCACCUGUUUCCAGAAGCUUCCUGCUCGCUCUUGAACUUCGGGAGUUGGGGGACAUCGCCGGGACGGGGAUCUGCCCCAUCCUCUCCCUCCACAAAGCAUGGCUGAAGAGUGGCAUGUGUGGGUAGCGAAGCAGAGAAGGCUGAAGGACCUGCUGGACAUAGAUGACACCCUGCCCAGCCUCAUGUGGCUGCAGGAUUUCUCCAUCAAAAACACCAGCUUAGGUGAAGCCUCCUGCUACCCCAGUGGCCCGGAUCCUCAGGACAAGCUCACCAGCUUUGCUGCCCCAUGUUCACCCCUGGCUGCCGACCCAGCAUGCAUGGGCAUUCCCCACACUCCCUGCAAGCCCAUCUCCUCUUCCACCUCAAGGGCAAUGCACCACACCAUGGCCAUGCACCCUCAGCUGGCAGAUGACAUUGACUACAAGACCAACCCACACGUCAAGCCACCCUACUCCUACGCCAACCUCAUCUGCAUGGCAAUGGAAGCCAGCAACAAGCCCAAAAUCACCCUCUCGGCCAUCUACAAGUGGAUUACUGAUAACUUCUGCUACUUCCGCCAUGCUGAUCCCACCUGGCAGAAUUCCAUCCGGCACAACCUCUCCUUGAACAAGUGCUUCAUCAAGGUGCCUCGGGAGAAAGGCGAGCCAGGGAAAGGAGGCUUUUGGAAGCUUGACCCCCAGUACGCUGACAGGCUCAAGAAUGGUGCCUUCAAGAAACGGAGAGUGUCCCCAGCGCAGAUCCAACCAACCUUCACCAAGAGGGACCAGCAGGAGCCACCCUGCCUUGCCAGCCCAGCCACUUCAACUUGCACCACCUCCACCAACAUCCUCCAUGUCAACAAAGAGUCCCAGCAGCUGCUGAAGGAGUUUGAAGAAAUCACAGCCAAACAGAAAUGGAACAUGGUGGAGGGCAAAGCAGGGCAGGAGAGCAAAGCAGGGCAGAAGCGCAAGCAGCCCUUGCCCAAGAGAACGGCCAAGGUGCCUCGGCUCUCCAGCUGUGCCUUGCUGACCCAGGAAGAGCAGACUGAGCUGGGGUCCCUGAAAGGUGACUUUGACUGGGAAGCCAUCUUUGACACCAGCCUCAGUGGUGACUUCUCCACCUUUGGGGAUCUGGAGCUUGUGCCUCCUAUCAGCAGCACAUCACAAGACCUGGACUUGACAGCACAGAGGCACAACAUUGAUCCUCCCCAGCAGCAGGAACAGGAGCAAGAACAAGAGCAGGUCCUCACUGUAGCCAACCAGAACAACCUGGACUUUGAGGAAACCUUGAUGGCCACCUCUUUCCUGCAGCACCCCUGGGAGGAAGAGACAAGCGAUUACCUCUCCAACUGCAUCAACAUCGAGCAGUUGUUUGAAUUCAACGACACCUCCUUGCCAGUGGAUGCCAGCAACUGGAGUGAUCUGGCAACCCUCUUAUAAGAGGCCAGUCACUCAUCAGACUUUAGCAGGAUGCUCCCCUCCUGCUGCUGGGACUUACAAGGGACAAGAUUUUCUACAGACAUAAAAGACAUCCACAGUGACUUUUGAUAGCUUCAUUGUAAACUAUUCACUGAAACACUGGGGGGAGGACACACAAGAAAAAAACAACACCCCCAAGGGAACUGCUUGAUAUUUCUUUAAAGGAAGUCUCUAGUCCACAAGUUUAACUCAAGAGAAGAAAUAUAAUACUACUUAUUUUUUUACUUUUAAAAGAAGAAAU